AAGCAACCCAAAGGAUAAGUUAAUGGAUCUCAAGCCGAAAGUCGUCGUCGUAGGCGCCGGUCCGGUGGGAUCACUGGCAGCACUUUAUGCCGCCAGCCGAGGAUAUCAGGUGGAAGUCUACGAUCUACGGCCAAACCCAUGUCUUUCGACGAACUCCGACCCUCAACCAAGGGCUUCGGUCAGUCUCGCACUCUCGGAACGAGGACUCCAUGCCAUCAAGACCUUGAAUCGAGCGGGUCUGAUGGAGACCGUCCUGGACUGCACGAUUCCUCUGUAUGGUCGAAUGAUCCAUGGUCACUCUCGGACCGGCAAACCCUGGGAAUCAUCCCAGGCAUACGACGUGUUGGGCAGGUUCAUCUACUCGACCGAUCGCCAGCGGCUGAGCCAGGUUCUGAACAGGGAACUCGCGAGCGUCCCCAACAUCAGCGUGUUCUUCAAUUCCAAAUUGAUGCGAGUGGACUUCGACAAGAACCGAGCAUAUUUUGAGCGAGUCCCAGGCCCUGGGUUCACGCAGACUGAGGAGCCGAGCGCCUCGCCGCACGAAGUCCGCUUCGACUUCAUGAUCGGGGCGGACGGGAUCCACUCGAAGACGCGACAACAGCUGAUGCGAUACACCCGGAUGAGCUACCAGCAAGUCUACGAAGACCUGCUGUGGUGUGAAUUCCGGAUGCCCGCGACCAGCACCGGCCAUUACCGCCUGUCGCCCCAGCACCUCCAUCUUUGGUCGCCGCGGGCCAGCGAAGACGGGAGCCACCGGCGCCUGAUGUUUGUCGCCUUCCCCUCGUCGGACGGCUCCUUCAACUGCUCGCUGUUCGCGCCCUCGGCCUGCUUCGCUCGACUCUCGCAGUGCCCCGACGACGGCAGCGUGCCGGCCUUCUUCGACCGUCACUUUCCAGGCAUCUCGGGGACGCUGAUCGCGCCGGCCUCCCUGCAGGCGCAGUUUGCCGCCCACCCGCAUGUGCCGCUAAUGGACAUCAAAUGCUCGCACCUGCACUACGGGGCCAGCGUCGUGAUCGUGGGCGACGCCGCGCACGCCGUCCUGCCGUUCUACGGCCAAGGGCUGAACGCGGGGCUGGAGGAUGUGCGCCUGCUGUUUGAGACGCUCGACCGCCACGCCGGGGCGCGCGCCCCCGCCUUCGCCGCCUACAGCGCCGCCCGCCUCCACGACCUCCAUGCCAUUUACGACCUAUCGCGGGGCAACUACCACGAGCUGCAGGAGGGCGUCAGGUCGCCCUUCUACCGCCUCCGCAAGGCCAUCGAGGAGGCCCUGUGCAAGUACCUGCCCGCGCUGGGCUGGGCCACGCAGUACGCCCGCGUCAGUUUCACCAACGAGCCCUACAGCCAGAUCGUGAAGUCGUCCCACCACCAGAAACGCAUCCUGUUGGCCGGUUGCCUUCUCGUGGUGGUCGUUUAUCUUGCCUGGGUGAGCUUCUUCGUCUUGUUGUAUGCUCGUGGAAUGGUGUAAUCUACUACAACAACCAACACACCACUUAUUACACACACUCUCUCCUUUUUCUUUCCCUUCUGGUUCCCAGUCACCGGGGAAAUCUGUCUUGUUUUAGCAAACAUUUUUCAAAGUACUCAGAAUCUAGGGCCCCAAACUGUGAGUUUCUGGGUGCGAACUUGCC